CCUCUCCGUGGGGCUCCACAUCUCCCUCGAUUAUUGGUGGACAACGAAGGUGGAGCUGAGGGGGCUCGACCAGGACAGCCCCGCGUACCUGUCGGCCAUGUCGCUGUGCCACCGCCGCGCAGGGCAGCGCCUCCUGCAGGGGGCGUUCUCCAAUGGCGGCCUCUACGUGAAGCUGGGCCAGGGGCUGUGCGCCUUCGACCACCUGCUGCCCCCCGAGGUGACGGUGACACUGCGACCCCUGGAGGACAGCGCCAGCCCCCGCGGGCACCGGGAGGUGGACGAGCUGUUCCUGGAGGAUUUCCAGACCACGCCUUCCGGAAUGUUCCGUGACUUCGACUACGAGCCGGUGGCGGCCGCCAGCCUGGCCCAGGUGCACCGAGCGACGCUGCCCGACGGGACCCCCGUGGCCGUCAAGGUGCAGUACCUGGACCUGCGCGAUCGCUUCGAGGGCGACAUGCGCACCCUGGAGCUGCUGCUGCGCCUGGUGGAGUUCAUGCACCCCGACUUCGCGCUGGGCUGGGUGCUGCAGGAGCUGAAGGGCACGCUGGCUCUGGAGCUGGAUUUCGAGAACCGAGGCCGGAACUCGGAGCGCUGAGACCUGGGGCACCUGCGGGGGGUGACGGUGCCACGCGUGCACUGGGGGCACUGCAGCAAGCGCGUUCUCACGGCCGAUUUCUGCGAGGGCUGCAAGAUCACGGACACCGAGGGCAUCCGGGCCCUGGGGCUGGGGCUCAAGACGUCAGUGACCGGCGAGGAAGCUGAUCAGGUUUUUGCCGAGCAGAUUUUCUACACCGGCUUCAUCCAUGCCGACCCGCACCCCGGCAACGUUCUGGUGCAGCGCGGCCCCGACCGGCGGGCGCAGCUGGUGCUGCUGGACCACGGGCUGUACGAGACCCUGAGCGAGAGGGACCGCGUGUCGCUGUGCGGGCUCUGGAGAGCGAUCGUGAUGCGGGACCGGGACGGCAUGAGGGACCGGGCCCAGGAACUCGGGGUGCAGGACUACCUGCUCUUCUCGGAGAUGCUGAUGCAGCGCCCCCUGAGCCGCGACUCGCGCCUGCUGGGCCCGCCCGGCUCUCACCUGGACGGGCCCCACCUGGAGCCGCUGCACCCGCUGCGGGGCGCACCUGAGGGGCACCUGAGCGCCGAGGAGCGGGACUACAUGCAGAGCAUGGCGGCGCGGCGCUUCCCGCACAUCGUGCAGGUGCUGCGGGCGCUGCCCCGCCCCAUGCUGCUCGUGUUCCGCAAC